UCAUCGUGCGACUUAAGUACAUGUAGAAUUUCUCAAAAAUAUUGAACGUUAGCCAAAUAAAAGUAUAAUGUGCAGCUUAUAAAUGUUUUGUUUAAUUUAUAUUAAUGUAUAUUUUACUCGGAUUACAGUGCAUUAUUAAUUCAUGGUUGAUAACAAACAAAAUUAACUAAAUAUGGACGUCGAUACUGAUGGUAGAAGAUCUCGAUCGCGCAGCAGAUCUGUGGCAUCAGACUCAAAAAUGUCACACGAUGGCUCAACACGAUCAAAGUCUGGCUCAAGAUCUCGCAGUCAGUCACGAUCACGCUCAAGGUCCCGUUCUAAAUCCUCAUCUCGUUCAAGAAGUGGCUCGGCAGCUUCCUCACGUUCUCGGUCUGGUUCCCCCAAGUCUGGCAGAUCAAGAAGUGGUUCCCGAUCUAGAAGUGGAUCUCCUAAGUCAGUGAGGUCAAGAAGUGGUUCCGCUAGAUCUAGAAGUGGUUCUCCAAGGAAAUCGAGAUCUAGAAGUGGAUCACCACGGAAAUCAAGAUCUAGAAGUGGUUCACCUAGAAAAUCAAGAUCUAGAAGUGGUUCACCUAGGAAAUCGAGAUCAAGGAGUGGAUCAGUAAGGAAAUCAAGAUCACGGAGUGGUUCAGCUGCAUCAAAAGCAAGAUCAAGAAGUGGAUCGUUAGCUAAAUCGCGUUCUCGUAGUGGAUCAAGAGCUAAGUCUCGUUCCCGAAGUGGAUCACGAGGAAAAACUAGAUCCAGGAGCCGUUCGAUGAGCAGGUCACCUGCUAAAUCUAGAUCUAGAAGUGGAUCUAUUAGAAAAUCAAGAUCACGUAGUGGGUCUAUUAAAAAUUCUAAAUCUAGAAGCAGAUCUCCUAGAAAAUCUAGAUCUAGAAGUGGCUCGGCGAGAUCUCGUUCUCGUUCUAGAAGUGGUUCGGGAAUUAAGUCUGCCUCAGCAUCGCCAAGAAAAUCCAGAUCGAAGAGCCGGUCUCCUAAGGCAAAUAAGAAGAAAUCGCCACGCAAAUCAAGAUCCCGUAGUGGUUCGCCGAAGUCUUUUAAAAGCAAAUCGCCAGAAACGCGAGAAAAAAGUUUGUCUGUCGAAAGAAUGGAUGUUGAUAACGAAGACGGUAAAAAGCACCGCUCGCCUGCUGGGUCCCCGGCGAGGCGUUCCGGUUCCAAGUCACGAUCGCGCUCCAGAUCGCGAGCAAAAUCAACCGCGCGUCGGUCCCGCUCCGGCUCCAGGUCCAAGUCUAGAUCUAGAUCUCGCUCGAGGUCCAAGUCGCGUUCGCGCUCGAAGUCUCGUUCGAGAUCCGGAUCUCGGUCUCGAUCGCGUUCCGGUUCCGCUAAAUCCGGAUCGAGAUCCCGCUCGCGCUCCGGCUCCGGCUCCCCGUCCCACAAAGAUGGCAAGCGGCGGCGCGCGGUGCGCCUGCAGUCCGACGACGAGGGCGAGGCGGCGCCGAGCGCGGCCGACGGCGACGCGCGCCCCCCCGCGGACUCGUCCGACGACGAGUUGGCGCCCGACUCCAAGAGCGCGGAGGCGAUGGGCGGCAUGUCGGACUUCGAGGCGAUGCUGGCGCGCAAACGGGAGGAGCGGCGCGGGCGGCGGCGGCGUCGCGACAUCGACAUCAUCAACGACAACGACGACCUGAUCGCGCAGCUGCUGCAGCAGAUGCGGCAGGCGGCGGACGACGACCGCGAGCUGAACCGCCGCAACCAGCCCGCCGUGCGCAAGGUGUCGCUGCUCAAGCGCGCCAUGUCGCAGCUCAUCAAGCGCGACCUACAGCUGGCCUUCCUGGAGCACAACGUGCUCAACGUGCUCUGCGACUGGCUGGCGCCGAUGCCCAACCGCGCGCUGCCCUGCCUCCUCAUCCGCGAGAGCGUGCUCAAGCUGCUCAUGGACUUUCCAUCGAUCGACAAGUCGCUGCUAAAGCAAUCGGGCAUCGGUAAAGCGGUGAUGUACCUAUACAAGCACCCCAAGGAGACGAAGGCGAACAAGGAGCGCGCCGGCCGCCUCAUCUCGGAGUGGGCUCGACCGAUUUUCAACCUCUCCACUGAUUUUAAAGCGAUGACUCGCGAGGAGCGGCAGGCGCGGGACGAGGCCAUGGCGGGCGACCGGCGCCGCGACGACGCCGGCCCGAGCCACAAGCGAGCGCGGGACGACGAGAGACCGCUGCGGCCGGGCGACCCGGGCUGGGUGUCGCGCGCGCGGGUGCCGGCGCCCUCCAACAAGGACUAUGUCGUGCGCCCCAAGUCCACCUGCGAGGUCGACAUGUCGCGCAUGAGCAAGAAGAAGAUGACUCGCUACGAGAAGCAGAUGAAGAAGUUCCUGGACCAGAAACGCAUGAAGGGCGGAACGCGACGCGCCGUCGAAAUAUCGAUCGAGGGCCGGAAGAUGGCGCUCUAGUCGUCGUGUGUGACUGUCGUCGAUGAAUAUGACUAUUGAAGCUCAAGAUUCCGUGCCGACCGUUUCGCGUCGGCGCGGGCGAGUGACGUCGUGUGGACGAGUCAAUAUCCUUGUAUGAUAAACUUAGUACGUCGCACAAAUACCACGCCGAGUGCUGUCACUCGCGAGGUCUCGUUGUGAUGUUGUGUAAGUUAUUAUAAUUAAAAUAAAGUGGACUGACUGCUAA